CUUUUUUCUUUUUUGGCGAAUACUUGAAUAUAAACCAAUAUGAAAAUAGAAAACGUCAAAAUGAGAGGAAAAAAAUAAAAUAGUUCCGAGCCCAGAAAAUGUGAAAAAGGGAAAAUAAUAAAAGUAGAAAACUGCGAAGUAUGUGAAGAAAAAGUAAAAACUCUAGAGUCUACAGAAACCCUCCCCUGACCUGGACCUCCAUGGCGGAUUGGGUCUUCAAAAUAAUCAUUACAAACUAUGGAAAAUACGAACCCGUGAAACCCUUUUAGCACUUGACUUUAAUUCCUCCCCUAAGUCUCUCUCCCUGAUCUAAAAGGGUUCCGCUUAAAAAUUGGUUCUUUUUGUCGGGGGAGGUCAUUUCUUACCUUUCACACGCCGUAGUUUUUUAGAAAUCAAGAUUCCUCACCAUUUUUAUCCUCUAGAGAGAGUGUCAAUUUUAGGAAUCCAUUGUUUUUGUUCCGAGCUCAUGGCUACUGCUGACCUCAGACAGCUUCCGAAGCCGGAGAAUUUUUCCGAUCGGGACAUCCCCACGACGUCGUAUUCGUCGUCAUCUGCUUCAAUCCCCUCAAAUUCGAACAAGAAGAAAUGGUCCAACUUUCUCCCAAUUUUGGUGGGCUUAGUGGUGAUUGGGGAGAUCGCGUUUCUGGGCCGGCUCGACAUGGUGAAGAACGCUGACCUGGUCAACUCGUUGACCGACUCGUUCUACCACUUCACCGGGGCCUCAUCGUUUACCUCUUGGUCAGCCGAGGAUGCAGUGGAGUCGGGCUUGGAUCAGGAUCAGGGUCAGGGUCGGGCCUCCGAGCCCGAGGAAAGCUGCGAGGCGUGGUUGGAGAAAGAGGACUCUGUACCUUAUUCCAGGGAUUUCAGAAAGGACCCCGUUUUCGUGCGCGGGGCUUAUGAGGGUUGGAAUACCUGUGCUGUUGGGUGUAAGUUUGGGUCUGAAGUUGGUGCUGGCAAGAAAAUUGAUGCUGAAUUCGGGCUUUCACACGAGCCUGGUGUUGCUAGGGUUCAUAGGUCAAUGGAGUCAGCUACAUAUUAUUCCGAGAAUGACAUUUCAAAUGCAAGACGGAGGGGAUAUAAAGUUGUGAUGACAACAAGCCUUUCAUCUGAUGUGCCCGUGGGAUAUUUCUCGUGGGCUGAAUAUGAUAUAAUGGCUCCAGUCCAGCCGAAAACCGAAAAAGCCCUUGCUGCCGCUUUCAUAUCUAAUUGUGGUGCCCGUAAUUUUCGGCUUCAAGCAUUGAUUGCACUUGAGAAGGCAAACAUCACAAUUGAUUCUUAUGGGGCUUGCCAUCGGAAUCAUGAUGGAAGCGUGGACAAAGUGAAAACUUUGAAGCGGUACAAAUUUAGCUUGCCAGUGGCUAUGCAUGCAGACAUGGACAAAGUGAAAACUUUGAAGCGGUACAAAUUUAGCUUGGCAUUUGAAAACUCCAACGAGGAAGAUUAUGUCACAGAGAAAUUCUUCCAGUCUCUUGUAGCUGGUUCCAUUCCUGUUGUCAUUGGAGCCCCUAAUAUCCAAGAUUUUGCUCCCUCUCCUGGUUCGUUACUACAUAUCAAGGAGGUUAAGGAUGUUGAUUCUAUUGCCAAGAGAAUGAAGUAUCUUGCUGAAAAUCCCAAGGCAUACAAUGAAUCAUUGAGGUGGAAGUAUGAAGGGCCGUCCGAUUCUUUCAAAGCUCUAGUUGAUAUGGCUGCAGUGCAUUCUUCAUGCCGACUAUGCCUUUACUUGGCGACCAAGAUUCGAGAAAAAGACGAACAAACCACCCCACAAUUCAAGAAACGACCCUGCAAGUGUACACGUGGCUCGAAAACCAUAUAUCACAUUUACGUGAGAGAAAGAGGGAGGUUUGAAAUGGAGUCCGUUUUCUUGAGGUCGGACAAUUUAACCUUGGAGGCUUUAUCUUCUGCUGUAUUAUUGAAGUUCGAGUCUCUAAAACACGUGCCUAUCUGGAAAACCGAGAGGCCGGAAAGCAUAAAAGGUGGUAAUGACUUAAAAGUCUAUAAGAUAUAUCCCGUGGGAUUAACUCAGAGGCAAGCUUUGUAUACAUUUAGUUUCGGUGGAGAUUCUGAUUUCAGGCAUCACAUUGAGAGAAAUCUGUGUGCCAAAUUCGAAGUCAUAUUCGUGUAGGUUCGGUUUUUUGGGUUUUUUUCAGAAGGGAUUUCGGGAGGGUCAAAAUGCUCGGUUUUCUAUGUGACCUAAAAGGGCAACAUUUACUCACAUUGUAUCGAUUGACCACGCACAGUGAACAUACAUUUUUACAUGGAAUAUUAGUGCUAAAAUUCUUAUUUUUAGCUAAGAAAAAGUUGAGUUGAAUUUUCGAGUUACGAUACUUUUGGACAUGUUCUAUUGGUGACUAGGAUCUCUAUCUACUAGAGUUCUGAGUUUUCUUGUUAUAGACCAAGUUUCUGUUUUCUUUUGUGGACUAUCAUAUCAUAUGUUGUACUAACUUCUAGAUAUAUUGGUGGUAAUUGAGAUCAUAAGAAACUCUAGUUUCCAGUUAGAAUGUGCACUCAAG